AUGGCGAACCUAAAUCAUGCACCGCCAGAAUCAUCUCAUUUGAGUCCAAGGGCAACCACUGACAGUGGCUCCGAUUAUGUCGACGCAGAAGCCAUUUCUCCCAAGGCUGGAUGCUGUGUUGACUGUGGCAGUGGCCGAACACAUUGUGAUUAUGUCUGCAUUCGCAAGCUUGCCGCCAUAGAAUGCCAAUCCGCGUGUGGAAACCAGGAACUUCAGCAGCCUCCUGUGGGUCUCGGUGACCGUUUCGACGACUGCUGUGUACCGUCACAAGUGAGCGCCUGCGCUGGCGACAGACCUGAACCUUCUGAAGGCGAACUGGACCCAAUCCGUAAGAGCGCUGCUACCGGGAAAGACAACUGUUGUGCCGGGAAGGACGGCAAAUCUAUAAGCGCCGGAAAGAAGGAGGGAUGCUGCGCAAAGAAGAAGGAGGUACAACUAAAUUUAUGCAAGAAAGACACUUGCUGCACCAGCAAAGACACAAGCGUGGCGGAGACUAAGGAAGAGGCCACCUGCUGCUCAUUGAACAAAGGGACAACCCUGAACCUGGAGAAGAAAGUAUGCUGCUCCUCGACAACUGCUUGCAAUGAUGCCAUGGAAGAGGAAGACAACUGCUGCACUGACACAGACACAAGCUGCGUUGAUGUCAAUGAAGAUGAAAAUGGCAGCUCCUCAAAUGCAGACACCAAUUCCCACAUUAACAACAAGUCAGCAUGUUGCUCAGCCAAGGCCGAUAAAACUAGGCCGGAAAAUCUACCUGCCAGGUCAGAAAGUUGUACAUCGUCUUUUCGAGGCACCAAGCGCCUGCAAACUGGCACUGAAGCCUGUAAUAGUCAUCUGCAGGACGCAUUGGACAAAUACACCAGAUACCUGGAGCAGGGACUCUGCAUCUGCCGCAGCGUCCUCAAUCGCCUCGACCAGUGCUGUGGAAAACCCAUCUCUCCUGCAACUAAAGACGAGCCCACGUCUUACGCAAAGUCUAGCGCGGUUCCAACGGCCAGGCAAGGCAUCCAUCGACGCUCUGCUAAAGGAGCGUGCAGAGACGUAUAUUACGACCAGAAGACACAAACUAUCAAAUCCACCCAGAGACGAAAUUCAUCCGACUGUUCAGUGAGCCAUCUUGCCGUCAAGACCAUGCCGCAACAGAAAGAGCCGGUAGCUCGAGCUAAGAACCAUGACAUUGAGAUCGAAGCCGCCCGCGAGCACGUGGUCCUCGGAGUUUCCGGGAUGACUUGCACCGGUUGCAGCAGAAAGGUCACCAAUGUACUGCAAAACGUUGAAGGUGUCUCCUCGGUGAAAGUUACUUUUGUGACUGGAAUUGCUGAGUUCGACUUGGACUCCAGUCUUGCGAGCGCUGAACAAAUCAUUCCACGCAUUGAGAAGGAGACGGGUUUCAAGUACUCUAGGAUCGUCAGCACUUACCAGGUCCUGGACGUGCGCAUCGAUCCAGCCAAAGCGAAAGACGCUUGCGCCGAGCUGGGAAAACUUGUCGAGAGUGUGGAAAAGAUUGACAAAACGACCUAUCGUGUCAGUUAUAAUCCAGCCAGCAUCGGAGCACGAACAAUUUUCGAGUCUGUUGCGGGAAUUAGUCUAGCUCCGCCGGGGAUUGAUGUCACCUUGGCCGACGGCAAGAGGAGACUCGUCAUCAUGGGCUGGAGCACCAUACUGGCCGCGCUACUCACAAUUCCGAUCGUGGUGCUCGCGUGGUCCAACACUCCCACUGCCCACUCAACCAAGUCCGUAGUCUCCCUCGUACUUGCGACACUUGUCCAAGCCAUCGCAGUGCCGGAAUUCUAUGUAGGCGCAAUCAAGUCGCUGGUCUACAGUCGAGUGCUGGAAAUGGAUAUGCUGGUUGUUAUCAGCGUCACGGCGGCAUAUGGCUACUCCGUGAUAGCGUUCGCGCUGACACACGCUGGUUACGCUCUGGAGACUGGAGAAUUCUUCGAGACGAGCUCUCUUUUGAUCACUUUGGUCCUUCUCGGAAGAUUUGUUGCAGCCACUGCAAAAGUCAGAGCGGUGUCUGCGGUUUCUCUCCGCUCGCUUCAAGCUGAAAAGGCGCUCCUCGUCACCUCCUCUGGGGACACAACUGAGAUCGAUGCUCGAUUAUUGCAGUUCGGCGACACUUUCCUCGUCCGGCCCCACGCCCGCAUAGUGACCGAUGGAGAAGUCGUUUAUGGUCAGAGCGCUGUUGACGAAUCCAUGCUCACUGGUGAAAGCGUGCCGGUAUCGAAAAGCCCCGGGGAUGGAGUAAUUGCUGGCACUCUGAACGGUUCAACCGCACUCAGUGUUCGCAUUACUCGUCUUCCGGGUAAGAACAGCAUCACCGAUAUUGCCAAUUUGGUUGAAAAUGCUCUGGCAUCGAAACCUCAUAUUCAAGACCUUGCCGACAAAGUGGCCAGUUACUUCAUCCCUUUUGUCAUCACUCUCGCGUUGGUAGCUUUUGGCAUUUGGUUGGGCGUUGCUAUCAAGCUACGUGGCAAAAAUGGAGGCGGGGCUAUCGGCGUGGCGAUUACUUAUGGUAUUGCCGUUCUGGCUGUGUCAUGCCCUUGUGCGCUCGGUCUCGCCGUACCUAUGGUUCUGGUCAUCGCAGGUGGUGUUGCGGCUAAAGCUGGUGUUAUCAUCAGGCAAGCCGAUGCACUUGAGCGAGGCUACAAAGUCACUGAUGUGGUUUUCGACAAGACCGGCACGUUGACCAAGGGAGACCUUACGGUCGUCCACUCGGAGGUGUUUCCGUGUCCAGUUUCUCCCGGUGAAGUCUUGUCUCUCGUUAAGGCACUUAUGAAGGACAAUCAGCACCCAGUUUCAUCGGCAGUCGCGGCCCAUAACGAUGUGAGGUUGGCCGGUGCCAUUGACGUCGAUAAUGUCGUUUCAAAUCCGGGAGCCGGCGUUCAAUGCACCUGGAGGGGCUCUGUCGUCAAAGCUGGAAAUCCAUAUUGGCUCGAGAUUGAUAAUCGACCGCAAGUCGCCAAACUCAUUGAGCAAGGGAUGACACUUUUAUGUGUGACACUUGAUUCUGUCCCUGUCGCUGCUUUUGGCCUCAAAAGCACGAUUCGUGAAGAGGCAGGAUCGGUCAUUGAUACUCUGCACCGUUACAACAUCAAGUGCCAUAUAGUGAGUGGUGAUGGACCUCGAGUGGUCGAGGACGUUGCACAGGCUAUCGGUAUACCUGUCUCCAAUUUGGUAUCCCGUCACAAUCCCAAGGACAAGCAAGAAUACGUCAAAGCACUGAUGUCCAAGGAUCGUGUCGUCCUCUUCUGCGGCGAUGGCACCAACGACGCUGCCGCCGUGGCACAAGCAAACGUUGGCGUGCAGUUCGGGACUACGUCAGAUGUCACGAGAGCAACUGCUGAUGUGGUCUUGCUAGGCGGGUUGGAAGGUGUGCUCAUGCUUCUCAAGCUGUCCAAACGGUCAUUCCGUCGCAUCAUGUUCAAUUUUGUCUGGUCAGCGAUAUACAAUCUUUUCGCUAUUUUGCUGGCAGGUGGAGCAUUCGUUAAAACGCGCAUUCCGCCUGCGUAUGCCGGACUGGGUGAAAUCGUGAGCGUCUUGCCAGUUAUCAUUGUGGCUUUGUCUCUUGCAAGGAAGCAAUACAACAAGUAG